AUGAUUCCUUUCCGUAGUGAUGAUGCUCUAACAAAGUGGCCCGUGGACCAAGCCGUUGCGGACCAGUACGUCUUCGCUCUGCGGCUGCGGCUGUGCAUGAGCAACGCGCGCCGGGCUCGAAUCAAAAACCCAGCGCCAGCAACGGGGACAGCCAACGGGGAAGCAAAGCACAACAGAAUGGCGGCCCUGCAGGCUGCACCUCCGGCCCCUCCCCCUCCUCGCGCAGCAAGCCCUCCGCCGUGCCAUCGCGCCACCCAUCCCCAACCGCCGCUUCCUCAGCUCCUCCUUCCCGCCAGCAGCAGCCGCCUCCGCCUCCCCGUCCCCGCCCGGCAGCGCUGGCUCGCUCCUGCCGACGAGCGCCACGGCCGUCGUGCCGGCCGCGCGCGGCGCUGGAUCCCUCGGCCUCCAUCAGCGAGGUGGGAUGUCUGGCUGGCUCCUUUCGUCGUCGGCGGCAUUGCUCCACCACGCCGCGCCCUGGUCAGGCUUCGGGCGCACUGGACAACGACCCCCGCAGAUCACAUGGUGCUCAUGCUCCUGGGCGCCAACGCGUCCGUCUUCAUGCUCUGGCGCGUGCUCGCGUAUCCCGCCUUCAUGGCGGAUCCUUACAUGGUUUCGCUGGACUUGAACUUGGGCGGACGUCUGCACACGCUGCUCAUGAGCACCUCCAGCCUCGUGGAUCCAGCGUUCAUGGUGAAACAUUUCAUGGUUUCGCUGCCUGGUUUGGUGCGUUGGCGUUUCCACACAUUGCUCACGUAUGCUUUCAGCCACGUAGAUCCUAAACACCUCUUAAACAAUAUGUUUGGCCUCUACUUCUUCGGCUCAAGUGUUGCAAGAGAGUUUGGUCCUGCUUUUCUUUUGAAGUUGUACGUAGCAGGAGCACUUAAUGGGGCUCUGUUCUACUUGGCUGAAAUGUUAUUUCUAGCUUCACGGAGACAGGGUCCUGGUGGAUGGUUAACUCCUUGCCUUGGUGCAAGUGCUGCAGUUAAUGCAACUGUUCUUCUCGAGAUCUUUCUGUAUCCAAAGAAACUAAUAUACUUACACUUCUUUCUUCCUGUUCCAGCUGCAUUAGUGGGAGCUGGUUCGAUUAUUGUUGAUUUGUGGAGGGUCAAGAAGGGUCAGAGCCGCGUGUCAGGCUCUUCUCAUCUAGGGGGUGCCCUAGUCGCCGCGGUUGCGUUUGCGGACAUCAAGGGCUGGAUCUGAUCAUGCAGUUUACUCAUACUCACAUGCAGCAAAUCCAAGGGCCUGCCUGCCUCCACACUGGUAGCCACUUGUUGGGUUGAAAUUUGUUGUUAUUGGACUACUAUCAACGGUACGAGGGACGACUGGUUGAAUAGGCUACUUAUUAUCCAAGUUUGUGAUGUAGAUGUCUUUAAAGAAAGUCUAGAUAACAUCAUGGUUGUGGUUACGAGGCCGGUUGCGGCCGCCAUGCAUUGUUCUUUUUG